UGUGGGUCCUCGGAGGAGGCUGCCGGUGCAUUGUGGGGCGUGCGCGAGUAGCUCCGGAAUCUCUGGAAUUCAACGGUUCGCUGGACCCUUCUGUACAGAUAUUUUAAUAAAAUAAGAGAGGAGAAAAAGCUUUAAUCCGGAACACCGUGGUCGCCUCUAUUUAAGGUUCCGAUUGCUCAAAAUGUCGCAGGCCGAAAAACUCAAGCAGGGUCAGUUCACCAAUCCAGAGACUCCAGGAUAUGUUGGCUUUGCCAAUCUGCCAAACCAAGUCCACCGCAAGUCUGUAAAAAAGGGCUUUGAGUUCACCCUCAUGGUAGUCGGGGAGUCUGGACUGGGCAAGUCAACUCUGAUAAACAGCCUGUUCCUCACGGAUCUCUACCCCGAAAGAGUAAUUCCAGGAGCAGCAGAGAAAAUAGAGCGAACGGUGCAGAUCGAGGCUUCCACGGUGGAGAUUGAGGAGCGGGGGGUCAAGCUGCGCCUGACCGUGGUGGACACCCCCGGAUACGGAGACGCCAUCAACAGCCAAGACUGUUUCAGCACCAUAAUUUCCUAUAUUGAUGACCAAUUUGAGCGCUACCUUCACGACGAGAGCGGCCUCAAUCGCCGACACAUUGUGGACAACCGUGUGCACUGCUGUUUCUAUUUCAUAUCCCCUCUGGGACAUGGCCUGAAGCCUCUGGACGUUCAGUUCAUGAAGGCGAUUCACAACAAGGUCAACGUGGUGCCUGUCAUCGCUAAAGCCGACACCCUCACGCUGAAAGAGCGCGAGAGGCUCAAGCGCAGGAUUUUAGACGAGAUCGACGAGCACGGCAUCAAGAUCUACCAUCUCCCCGAUGCCGAGUCCGAUGAAGAUGAGGAUUUCAAGGAACAGACGAGAGUUCUGAAGACCAGCAUCCCAUUCGCCGUGGUGGGAUCCAACCAGCAGAUAGAGGCCAAAGGCAAGAAGGUGCGGGGCCGGCUGUACCCCUGGGGCGUGGUGGAGGUGGAGAACCCCGAACACAACGAUUUCCUCAAGCUGCGCACCAUGUUAAUCACCCACAUGCAGGACCUCCAGGAAGUGACUCAGGACCUGCACUACGAGAACUUCCGCUCCGAGCGCCUCAAGCGAGGCGGCAGGUUGUCCUCACAUGGUUACAUUCUUCCUCUCUCGCCUGCGAAGGGUCCAGAGCCUGAGGAGAUGGACAAGGACAUAAUCCUCCAGGAGAAGGAGGCAGAGCUGCGGCGCAUGCAGGAGAUGAUCGCCAAGAUGCAAGCACAGAUGCAGAAGCAGGGAGAUGGAGACGGGGACGGUCAGCACAUGUGAAGGGCCCUGGUCCACUUCUGCUGCUUCGGGAGCCUGACGGUGGACCAGUUCAUGUGUUACUGGAGCAGCUUGCCACUAUGCCUCAUAUCCCACGCCUUUUAGAAACUUCGUCUUGUAUGAGCAAUACUGUCACAUGUUUUCCAUUUAAACUCUUUGUCUUAAUUUUAUUUAACUGAGCUGUGAUAUUAGGCUGUUCUAGUUACCAGUAAGAAAAGUAUCCGUGAAUAUGGGGCACAGUUUUUUUAAUGCAGUCAUUGUGUUUUAUUUUUUUUUCUUAUGCUGAGAAAGCCAAAUGCUGCUACUGUUCUGAAGUAGUGAGUUCCUGCUUGGUGUGUCUCUCCACUAUCCCCCCCCCCCCCCCCCAAAAAAAAAUAGCCUUAAAGUCGGGGGAUUCCCGUUUUAGGCCUCCGUCCACCUUGAUCGACAUUACCUUGCACUCUGCCACCCCUCCGCUGAGGUCUGCAGUGCAGGUCACCAGCAGCUUGCAAUGUGAAGGGGCAGCCAAUGAAGGCUGCCAAGCCUGUGAAUUUGCUCUUCUGCUGCGGAAUUCUAUGCUUAAUAUCAACAAUAUCUGUAGCAGGGAAUACAGGACCACUAGGCUAUUUUCAGCUUAUUUUUUUAUAUCACAGUUGAGAGAUUUUGAACUCAUAGUAUUAAAGCUCUGCAACUUAUUUUCUUUGUUUUGAACUAACUCGUAUCCUCGCGCCCUUGGCAUCCUAAGGUAUUUCCCGUGUUGUGAUUUUAAAGCUGUGUUUGCACGUCAUUAUUACAUAACACAUUCCUAAGCAAUGAAAUAAACUGUACCUUUGAGACGUGUUCAGGUUGCAGUGCGUUCAGCAGCGCUGUCAUUGAACUGUAUGCUGUCACCGUCGUUGCCACGGUUUUGCAGAUUUUCGGUGCACGGCGGCUCGUGCCAAAAUGCCAGUUAUAUUGUGACCUGUGAACUUUGAACCCCUCCGUCCUAGGGAGGAGAAAAGAAAAUCUUAUGAAUGAGUGCCCCCCCCCCCCCCCCGCCCCCCCCGGAAACCUUUACCCCACAUUCAGCUGUAGCCAGCGGCAGCAUUGGCUGCGUGUUUCGCUUCCUCCCGCUCCUGAUGCGAGUUUCUGGAUAAUGACUAAUUUCUCUAAGCAUGGAAGCUCAUGCCUCAGCCUGACCGUCAAACUGUAAUCAGGGUUGUGGGGUGCCAGUCUGCCACCACAGUCGUAUCCCAGUAUAUAACUGAGGCAAAUAUCUUUGUUUGUUCUGUUAUUCAAUCACUUUCAAUAACCAAAAAAGACAUGGAUUUUGUCUUGUAAUAAAAUUUCUAUUAAAUCCACACUCUGAUCUCUUAA